AUGGCGGACGAGUCAUGGAGGGUGCCUAGCAUAGUGCAGGAGCUGGCGGCCACCGUGCAUGAGCCGCCGAGUCGGUACCUGAUCCCCGAGCAGGACGGGCGCGAUGACCAGCUCGCCGGUGCAGAGAUGCCGGACCCCGUCCCGACCAUCGAUCUCCAGCGUCUGCUGGCGUCCGACCCUGCUGACGAGAAGGUUACCAAGCUGCGCUCGGCGUUGCUGAGCUGGGGCUUCUUCUUGGUUACGAACCAUGGGAUCGCGACCUCUCUGAUGGACGAUCUGAUGGCUGCAUCACGCGAGUUCUUCCGCAAGCCGCUCGAAGAGAAGCAGGUGUACAGCAACCUGAUCGAAGGGAAAAAGUGGCAGCUAGAAGGGUACGGGAAUGACCCGGUGAAAACCCAGGAUCAGAUCCUGGACUGGUGCGACCGGCUGCAUCUCAGGGUUGAGCCAGAGGACGAGAGGAACCUCGAUCGCUGGCCCGGACACCCGGAAUCUUUCAGGGGUCUUCUGCACGAGUACAGUCAGAGCGGCAAGCGAGUCAAGGACGGGAUCCUCCGGGCGAUGGCCAGGCUUCUGGAGCUCGACGACGACGACGGCAUCAUCGGCCAGUUCGGCGACAGGGCCUCCACCAACGCCAGAUUCAACUACUACCCAGCCUGCCCGAGGCCCGACCUCGUCCUCGGCGUCAGUCCUCACAACGACGCCUGCGUCCUGACGCUGCUCCUGGCGGACGAACUCGUCGGCGGGCUGCAGUUCCUCAGGGACGGGACCUGGUACUGUGUCCCGCCCGUGCGUGGCCGGGCCUUGCUGGUAAACGUCGGCGGCUCCUUGGAGAUAAUGUCGAACGGGGUCUUCAAGAGCCCGGUGCACAGGGUGGUGACCCACUCUCAGAAGGAGAGGAUGUCCCUGGCUAUGUUCUACGCUACGGAUCUUGAGAAAGAGGUCCAGCCCAUCGCUCAACUGUUAGAUGAGAAGCACCCAGCACGGUACAAGAAGAUUAAGUACAGGGAUCUUAUGGCUGCUCACUAUGAGCACUUCUCUAGAAGGGAGAGAGUUAUUGAGUCGCUGAACAUCUAG